AUGCCAGCAAUGACUGCUCUGCUGGCUGGCCGGCUGGUUGGGAGACUAGUUAGCCUACUGGAAAAGUGCUCGGUCAAGGAACAGUGCCCUGGGGGUAUUGACUAUCCCCUGCGCAGUGGAUCCCAGAAGUCCGUUGAGAUUUCCGUAUCGCUCAUUGCUUUCUGGACCCCGGUUCAUAACAGUCAGUUCGAAACAAGCUCGACAAAGCAGGCCUGGCAGGCUGACGCCACCAAGACCACCAAUUCCAACCCACACCUUACGAUGGCAAGAUGGGCAGAUCGGGAUGCGACUUCGAUUUGCACCUGUCCACUGGCCGGCAGCUCCAGCUCCCCUUCCGCCAGGUCGCCAAUUGCCGAAGGGGCCCAUGGCGCCCCGCUAGCUCCCCACAAGUUGCCCAGGCGAGCGCCUUCGCGGCGAUCAGUUGUGGCACAUGCAGAAGCGAUUGGCACGCUGCGGAGAACAGGCUUGAAGGAGGGUGUGUUUGGUGCCUGUGGGCUGGCACCCACAGUAAGCAUGGAGGGCAUGUCGAAAAUCAAGCGAACUGUCAGACGCGGCCAUCGUUAA